GCUUUGGAGACCUUAGAUCUCUUGAGACCAAGAUGGCGGCGGCGGCGGCGGCGGCGUCUUGUGGCGGCCACGGGGGUCGCUUUCUGGCGUCCGGGCUGUUCCGCAACCGGGUGGCCAUCGUGACCGGCGGGGGCACCGGCAUCGGCAAGGCCAUCACCGCCGACCUGCUGCAGCUCGGUUGUAAUGUAGUCAUUGCCUCCCGCAAAUUCGACAGAUUAAAAGCUGCAGCGAACGAGCUAGCUGCCAAAAUUCCAUCCACAGUUUCUGCCCAGGUUACCCCUGUACAGUGCAACAUUCGCAAAGAAGAGGAGGUAGAGGCACUGGUGAAAUCAACAUUGGACCUUCAUGGGAGGAUAGAUUUCCUGGUCAACAAUGGGGGAGGCCAGUUUCCUAGCCCAGCAGAAGCAAUUAGUUCAAAAGGCUGGAAUGCUGUGAUUGAAACUAAUUUGACUGGGACCUUCUACUGCUGUAAAGCAGUGUACAAUGCUUGGAUGCAGGAUCACGGAGGUGCUAUUGUCAACAUCGUGGCUGAUAUGUGGAAAGGGUUUCCUGGCAUGUCACACAGUGGUGCAGCAAGAGCCGCAGUCGAUAACCUGACCAAAAGCCUAGCCAUCGAGUGGGCCCGCAGUGGAGUGAGAAUUAACUCUGUUUCCCCGGGAGUGAUAUUUUCAGAAACUGCUGUUGCACAUUACAAAGAUGGUGAAGAACUGUUUAAAAGCUAUGUCCGAAAAAUUCCUGCCAAGAGAUUAGGACUUCCUGAAGAGGUAUCUCCCUUGGUGUGUUUCCUGCUGUCUCCGGCUGCCUCUUUUAUCACUGGAGAAACUGUGAAGGUUGAUGGUGGGCAGAGCAUAUAUAGUUCCCCAUGGGAAGUACCAGAUCAUAAUAGAUGGCCACCUGCACCAGAUGGAGAUAAUGCCAAAGCACUCAAGAAGAUACUUUCAGGAAAAGCUUUGUCAAAGCUGUAAAACAAAAGAAAUGGGGUUAGCCCCCUUCCAUGCCUGUCAGUGGAUAAAUGCUGCCUUUCAGUAAUUGACUGCAGUCUUGAGGAUCACAGCCCCACUGGGGUAACAAACUGUGCCUUAGUUUUCUUCUUAUGAUUUCUCUGAAGAAAGUCCUUCAGAACCAAACAACUGUCAACAUGUGCUGCUGCUGGCUUUGAUGUAAAAGGGUAAAUGCAUCUCUCAUGACUUCUGCUUUUGCAAUUUGCACUCUAAGCUCUGCUCACUAAAUCACGUACAUAUGCUGCAUUAACAAGGUGCUGAAGUGAAUUACGGUCCAAGUUCUGUAGCUUGCUCUCAUCACAGCCUUUCUGAUUGCCAUGCAUUGAUUACUCACUUCUGCCAUAAGAGUCUUUGGCACAGCUCCCAGAGAUGAGAGAUGUUGGUGCACAAUAAACUGGUGGUUUGUAUCUA